AAAGCAUGUUUUCUAUCUACAUGCAUACAAACAGAAAUACGCCUCCAACAAUUAGUGUUUCUUGUUAAAUAUACCAUAAUUAAGGUAGGCAAUAGAAAAUUGUGUGGAGGAAUCUUGUGUUAAAAUGGCUUGCAGCGAACAGGUACUGGAAGGAUUUAUUUGUCCAAUAUGUAUGACAGAAUUUAAAGCACCAACACAGUUAACCAAACAUUUCGAAGAUGAUCAUAAGGACGAUUCGGAAACAGUGAAAUUGCUUAAAGAUCUUAUCGGCAAGGCUAAAAAGAUUUUGAAACAAGAAGAAAUGCCAGAAACAUUCGUACCACAUAUAGGACAAUGUAGUACAGAAUUGAAUUGGGGACACCAAGAAAUUGGUGAAAUAAAAUCAUAUACAUCGUAUUUUAAAGAAAUAAGAAAUGCAAGAUUGGAACGUUAUUCCAUAGAAACAAAUAAGCUUCUCAUAAGGCUAGAUAAAUUAUUAAAUAAUUUACCAACUGAUCCUGUCGACAGAAAAGUUCACGAGCGUAGAAUUGUGCCCUGGAUAGAUGAAAGAGAUGUAAAGUUAUGUCCGAACUGUGCGAAGACUUUUCAUAUUGCUAGAAGAAAACAUCACUGUAGACUUUGCGGAGCUGUUAUGUGCCACAAUUGCACAGUGUUUUUAUCUUUGCAAGAUGCAAGAAAAAUGACAAGUCCUGUAUCUGUACAAGGCGAUUCUGCAGUUUCUCCUACUUCUGAAAGACCAAUUUCAGAAGGCUUUGGUCUUACAAAGUUGGCUAGAUCACCUUCCAGUAGUAGUUUGAAUAGUGUUUUGUCGUUAGUCAAUGAUUCGGUAUCUAAUGAAGAACAUUUUAAAAUUUGUGUACACUGUGCAAAUUUGUUAGAUGCGAGAGAAAAACAAAAAGCAAAACACUUUGAUAAACCGAUUUUGUGUCAGUUUUAUGAAAAGAUGAAGGCUUACAUGGAAGAAGCAUCUCAACAUAUAAAAAUGUACACUAAAAUGUGGAAAUCUCUCAGUCAAGGAGAAACUAUGUAUAAUCUAGAAGAUGCACAAGCUCUGAGACUUAAGAUUACUAAACUAGGUGAAAAUAUAGACUUAAUCAGCAAACGAAUAUCUGUAUUGGGCACGAAAUGCGUGGAAAAUCCUCCACAAGCACAGGAAGUCAGAUUGCAUUAUAUGGUCAGAAUAUCUGCAGUGACAUUUUUAAAAGAAGUGCUAGUAACUGUACAACCUUUGCCAACACCGGAGCUAUACGCAGAAUUUCAGCAAAAACGUCAGAUGGAAUUGGAAGCGAGAAUUGCACGCGAAAGACAGCUAGAAGAAGAACAAAGGGAAAAAUCGAAAGAGCUACGUAAAAGAGAAACGCCGAAUAACGAAAUUCGACCUUCCUCGAAAGAAAAUGAGCCAGUAAUAGUAUUGAAUCAAGCACAAGGCUGGGGACCUUCUAAUAUUGCACCUAAAAUGCCUUCGUCCAUGGAUCCCAUAAUUGAACAAAUGAGUAAUCUCCGAGCUUACAUUAAACAAGCUAGAGAUGAUUGCAGGUAUGAUGAAGUUGCUACGUUAGAAAACAAUCUCAGAGAACUUCAAAGUCUUUACUUCACUAUGAAUCAGAGUAAUAAUAGCGACGGAUAGACACACUCUUGCAUCUGCAUUUAUAUAUAUAAUAUUGUACACUUUAUUAAAUUUAAUAAGACUUAAUACAUGUUUCCAAUAUGCCCAAAGUUCCGUGCAUCUAUUUUACGUGUUGCUAUUCAAUGCAAUAUACGCAAUGAGUUUCUUUAUAUUAAUAAAUAUAAUUCCAUCACGACAUUCAUGUAUCCUCGUGGUACAUGUAUCUACUGUAUUAUAUGUAAUACUACAGAAAGUACUUUUUAUCUCGAAGUUUAUAUGAAAAUUAAAUGUAUUAGUGUAAGGAUAAAUUACAACACAUCUGCAUUUAAGUAUAUGUGUACAUAUACGGAAUGCUUUCGACAUAUUUAUAGUUGCACCUUACAGGAGAUUGCUUUCAACCAAAACUUGAACUUGUUUUAAGAAAAUAUAUACAAAUAUGUUUAUAAAUCUGUAUUAUUCAUUGUAUUCUAAAACUGUGAUAGGUAAUUCUUGCGAGUUCACUACAUUUUGUAUUAUAUUUUCCCCAUUAAAACCUAUAUUAUCUGAA